ACAUUUGCAGGCGGGGUUUCCACUGUUUUCUUCCGGGACGCCUCUGUCACCAAAAAAAUGGCUUCUCUUGACAGGGUAAAAGUAUUAGUUUUAGGAGAUUCCGGGGUGGGUAAGUCUUCCUUGGUCCAUCUGCUAUGUCAGAAUCAGGUGUUAGGAAAUCCAUCAUGGACUGUUGGUUGCUCUGUGGAUGUACGGGUGCAAGACUAUAAAGAGGGUACCCCAGAGGAGAAAACCUACUACAUUGAACUCUGGGAUGUCGGAGGAUCUAUCGGCAGUGCCAGCAGCAUCAAAAGCACCAGAGCCGUCUUCUACAAUUCAGUUAAUGGAAUUAUGUUGGUACACGAUUUAACAAAUAAGAAAUCCUCUCAGAAUCUCUACCGCUGGUCACUAGAAGCUUUAAACAAGGAUUCCUCGCCAACAGGAGUCAUUGUCUCAAACGGUGACUAUGAUAGAGAGCAGUUUGCUGAGAACCCAGUGCCUUUGCUGCUGAUUGGCACCAAGUUUGACCAGAUCCCAGAGAAUAAACGCAAUGAAGUUCUCACUCGGACGGCCUUCCUGUCUGAAGACUUCAAUGCAGAGGAGAUCAAUCUCGACUGCACCAACCCAAGAUACCUUGCUGCAGGCACAUCAAACGCAGUGAAGCUUAGCAGGUUCUUUGACAAGGUAAUCGAGAAGAGAUAUUUCACAAGAGAUCCAAGUCAGAUGCCGGGUUUCACAGACAGAAAACGGUUCAACUUCAAAAGUUUGCACUAUGACUGAAACGCCAUGAACGCAACAGCAGUGGUCUGUGGUUUGGCUGUAAUGCCUUGGGGCUUUUACACCACAAAGCACACUCACUGACAUACUUUGUGUACCUCCCCCCCACCUGCCUAUUG